AUGAGAACAGCGCAAACCGUGGGAAUGCUCGCGAGCACCGUAUUUGUCAUAUUACAUAUACUCAACGCUUGGCCUUGUCAAGCGCUCAUGAACGAACACCAGGAGACAGCCAACAGUGUGAUAUUUCUACGUCCACAGGCCGAACUGGAUGAGCAACCAUGGCUUUCGGGUGUACAGUGUCUAGAAGCAUACAUGAAGAUUACCUUUACAAAUCGUGCGCGUCUAACACGUGCCUACAACAUGCUCAUAUCGAACAGCUACAACAUAUCUUCGCCAGCCUUAGAGAUACAGCAUGGUAUUACAAAGCUAUUGAAUGAAGUCAUUAGCCGAAGUAAUGAACGUGGACGUCGUUUCUAUCAGCUGCGUACAGUUUUCGACAAAGAGAAAUAUGUGAAAAUUAAAAUGGGCAACAACGCCGUCAUCUCCACCGAUUACUACAUCAUUAUUGUGGAUAGCGUGGAGCUGUUGCGGCAGCUCAUGAGAAAUUUCAUUAGUAGAAUGAAUUCAUGGAAUCCAGGCGCACGUUUCCUAUUACUAUACAAUAAUCCAAUACGACGCGACAGCGAGCACACGGUUGCAAUGGAACUGUUCACACUUUUACAGAAACAAUAUUAUGUGCAUCAAAUCGCACUCCUCUAUGCUAACAGUGAUGUCGGGUACUCAUUUUCGGUAAUGGACUAUUACAGUCAUGAUAAUUGUCGCACGAUCCGUGUAACCAAAAUAGGCGAAUGCACGAAUGGUCUACCACAGCCGAGCGCGGCCGAGCUAAAGAGAAAAUUACGCAAGUUCGAGAGAGAAAUCGAAAUGAAAAACUGUACAUUUCAAAUGUGUGCGGCUAUUUCAGCGCCGUUCGUGGAAAAGAACUGUAACGCGGGCAUCGAAUUGCGUAUUAUAAACUUCAUGCGUAACCGUCUUAAAUUCAAAAUCAAGCAAUCAUGUAAGCGCGAUAGCAGAGGAAUACGCGAAGAAAAUGGCACAUGGACUGGGCUGCUUGGCAAGCUAAUCGACCGUAACUGCGACUUUAUACUGGGCGGUUUCUAUCCAGACAACGAAGUUAAUGAAGACUUUUGGACUUCCACCUGUUACUUCUCCGAUAGUUACACUUGGUUUGUCAAAUUGGCUGAACCAAGACCAGCCUGGAUUGCGCUCUAUCAGAUUUUCGAAGAUGAAACAUGGUGGUGUUUCUUGGCAUUGCUCUUAAUUACUUGGCUAUUUUGGUAUUUCUUUGUUAACAUGUUACCCGAACCGACAGAUCACAAAGACUUUUCAUUAGCGGGUAUAAAUGCCAUGGCUGUUUCCAUCUGUGUGACGGUUGAAGAACGGCCUGAGUGUUAUGCUUCGCGCAUUUUCUUUCUCGCCCUAACCUUUUACGGUGUGAACGUUGUUGCCAUCUACACAUCGCAGCUGAUAUCUGUAUUCACCGAUCCUGGCUAUCUGCAUCAAAUAGAUAGCCUCAAUGAAGUAAUCGAAGCUGCUAUACCGUUUGGUGGGCCCGAUGAGAAUCAGGAUUGGUUUGAAAAUGAUGAAGAUAUGUGGAUCUUCGAAAGGUACAACGAUACCGAUUUAUUCAUACCGAAUUCGGUAAAUUUGCGCGCGGUAAAAAACGGCAAGCGUGUGCUAUUGGCAAGUCGCAUGUAUGUGCUGCAAGACAGAUUGGCCGAUCAGAUUUUCGCAUUCCCAAAGAAUGUGUUCUCCACACCAUUGCAAAUAAUAACAAAGGCUGGUUUUCCGUUGAUACCGGAUUUUAAUUGGCUAAUAGGCGCUAUGCGCGAUCACGGCAUAUUCCAGAAGAUUGAAAACGAUUUUCACUACAACAACACGUACCUGAAUAGAAUAUCGCGCAUGCGACCAGACUUUAAAGAAUCUACGAUUGUGCUCACAACGGAUCAUCUAAAGGGACCCUUCUCCAUAUUAAUUAUAGGCAUUAUAGGUGGCAUCAUUUUAUUUAUUUGUGAACUCAUUUAUUACCGACUCGCUGUUACUUGCUUAAAUAAGAAUACUGUCACGAAAAAUGCUAACAAGAAGCCGAAAGUAAAACGACUCAAGCGUACAAAGAAAUCCUCCAUAAAUAAAACUGGUAAUGCGUGGUGGCCACUGAAGAAAACGCCUAAAAAGGGAAGAAAAAAUGGCACCAAUUGUCAAAGAAAGUUUAAACUCAAUAAUGUUAGACAAAUUGGUGGGCAAACAUACGAAGUGAAUGCUCUAAGGGAUAUACGAUUUACACCAAUUAAACGAAGAUACGUAGAUUUGCGUGUGCUUUACUAAUUUUUAUA